AUGCAUAAUCAGUUGCGUGCAUCCGAACCUGCAUCGAACAUGCAAGAGCUCGUUUGGGAUGAUCGACUAGCUGCCUUAGCGCAUGGACAUGUGCAACGAUGUGACGCAUGGCACCGUAGCGGUUUGUACUUAAGUUUAUAA